UCCAUGAGUCUCAUAGAGAUUGGGAACCCUUCCCAAAGCCUGGAGAACGUGUGUCGCUGGGCCUACCUGCAACAGAAACCUGACACUGGGCACGCAGAAUACCACGACCAUGCUAUCUUCCUCACAAGGCAGGAUUUCGGUCCAUCCGGCAUGCAAGGCUACGCUCCGGUCACUGGAAUGUGUCAUCCUGUCCGAAGCUGCACGCUCAACCAUGAAGAUGGCUUUUCAUCUGCCUUUGUGGUGGCCCAUGAAACCGGACACGUGCUGGGCAUGGAGCACGACGGCCAAGGGAACAGAUGCGGGGACGAGGUCCGCCUGGGCAGCAUCAUGGCCCCGCUGGUGCAGGCCGCCUUCCACCGCUUCCACUGGUCCCGCUGCAGCCAGCAGGAGCUCAGCCGCUACCUCCAUUCCUAUGAUUGUCUGCGUGAUGAUCCUUUCGAACAUGACUGGCCUUCCCUUCCUCAGCUGCCAGGAAUUCACUACUCCAUGAAUGAGCAGUGCCGUUUUGAUUUUGGUUUGGGCUACAUGAUGUGCACAGCUUUCCGAACGUUUGAUCCCUGCAAGCAGCUGUGGUGCAGCCAUCCCGAGAACCCCUACUUCUGCAAGACGAAGAAAGGGCCUCCGCUGGACGGGACCAUGUGCGCCCCAGGGAAGCAUUGCUUCAAAGGUCACUGCAUCUGGUUGACACCGGAUAUCCUGAAGCAGGAUGGACACUGGGGGGCAUGGAGCAAGUUCGGCUCUUGUUCUCGCACCUGCGGCACGGGGGUGAAGUACCGCACGCGGCAGUGUGACAAUCCACACCCAGCCAACGGAGGCCGCACGUGUGUGGGGCCAAGCUAUGAGUUCCAGCUUUGCAACACUCAGGAUUGUCCUAAGGACCUGGAGGAUUUCCGAGAGGAGCAGUGCAGACAGUGGGAUCCUUACUUCGAAUAUCAGAACACAAAGCACCACUGGCUCCCCUAUGAACACGUUGAUGCUAAAGAAAGGUGUCACCUGUAUUGUGAAUCCAAGGAAAUGGGUGAUGUUGUAUACAUGAAACGGAUGGUACACGAUGGGACUCGCUGCUCCUACAAAGACCCCUACAGCAUCUGCGUGCGGGGAGACUGCUUGAAAGUCGGGUGUGAUAGGGUCAUAGGGUCCACAAAGCAGGAAGAUAAAUGUGGUGUUUGUGGAGGAGAUAAUUCCCACUGCAAAGUGGUGAAAGGGACAUUUUCAAGAAUACCAAAGAAACAAGGGCACAUUAAGAUGUUUGAAAUUCCUGUUGGUGCAAGACACUUACUUAUACAGGAAACAGACGCCACCAGCCAUAAUCUCGCAAUUAAAAACCGUGAAACGGGAAAAUUCAUUCUAAGUGAAGACAACUACGUGCCAGACUCCAAAGUCUUCAUUGACAUGGGCGUGGAGUGGGAAUAUCGGAAUGACGACGAUAGAGAAACCGUGCAGACCAUGGGGCCUUUGCGUAACGGCAUAGUUAUUAUGGUGAUUCCUCAUGGCAUUGCCAAGAUCUCUUUGACUUACAAGUACAUGAUCCAUGAAGAUUCCUUGAAUGUAGAUAACAACAAUGUUUUGGAAGAGGACUCCGUGUCCUAUGAAUGGGCUCUGAAGAAGUGGUCCCAGUGUUCAAAGCCUUGUGGAGGAGGCUAUCAAUUCACCAAAUACGGCUGCCGGAGGAAGGCAGACCACAAGAUGGUUCACCGGAGCUACUGCGAGCUGAUCCAGAAGCCGAAGCCCAUCCGCAGAGUGUGCAACCUGCAGGAGUGCUCCCAGCCCAUCUGGGUGACAGGGGAGUGGGAGCCUUGCAGCAAGACUUGUGGCAAGACAGGAUACCAGGUGCGCUCUGUCCGCUGCAUCCAGCCGCUGCACGACAACACGAAUCGCUCCGUUCACACCAAGUACUGCAACAACGACCGCCCGGAGGGCCGCAGACCUUGCAACCGGGAGCUCUGUCCAGCACAGUGGAGACUGGGGCCCUGGUCACAGUGCUCUGUCAGCUGUGGCAACGGCACGCAGGACCGCCAGGUUCUGUGCCGCACCAGGGACAACGUCGCCGGCUUCUGCAAAGAGGAUAAACCAGAGACCAUCAGGAAUUGCAGACUACCUCCAUGUCCCAGAAACGUUUCCGAUCCUUCAAAGAAAACCUAUAUGAUACAAUGGCUGUCGAGACCUGAUCCAGACUACCCCAUCCAGAAAAUAUCUUCAAAAGAUCAUUGUCAAGGAGACAAGUCGAUGUUUUGUCGCAUGGAAGUUCUCUCGCGUUACUGUUCGAUUCCUGGUUACAAUAAGCUGUGUUGCAAGUCCUGUAAUAUGUACAGCAACGUAACAGAGGAGGUCAACGCGACUGAUUCCAACAUAAAUAAGAAUAAUGUCAUCGAGGAGGAGUUCCUGACAACCCUCAGCACUCCCGUGGCAGUUUCCCCCACGCAGGUUGCCACCAGUUCACCUCUCAUUUCCAGAACAACUGCAUCUCCUUCCAACGCAACCGAGGAGCACCCGGAAAUUAACGCAGUGGAUGUUCCCUAUAAGAUUGACGGGCUGGAUAAUGAAGUAUCCCAGCACAACAUCAUUACCCAGAGGAGGAUACCUUAUGAAAGGACAAGGAAUCAACGAAUUCAAGAGCUGAUUGCUGAGAAAAUGAAGAGAGAGACUCUUAGAAAAAUAAAUUAGAGUGGAAAUACGGCACAUGCAACGUUUUUCUCUUAUAGAGAUGGUACCAACAUCAUAGUAUUGCCCAUAUCAUAGAGACUAAAAAUGGGGAAAAAUCAAAGUGGUGCUAUGGCGGAAAUGCCACAUUCUAAAGUCUACUCUAAAUGGGGACAGAUUGUUUCAAAAGUGCUGAUCUAAACACUUUGAUGGCUAGGUUUACAGGGUACGGUAGAGUAUUAGUGCAAUAUCGUUACAGCAUUUCACUGAAUCCAAACGAGCCGUAAAACCUAGGCCAGGCUAGCAGGAUUCUUGUUGAUGGGCUUUUUGAGUUCUUCUCUGCCUGUGUAAAACUGCUUGGGAAUAGUACUGGGAGUUCUAUUUAGGAUGGAGGAAAACAGUCCCAAGACCAAAUGAAUCCCCUUAGCAGCGACGAGCAGGUGCUCAGCUCUCCUGUGAUGCUCCUGCGCAUGGCACGA